CCUUACUACAGAUUUCAUCUCAUCUGUGCUAUCUUCUCAAAUCUUCUGAUUUCUUGAAAUUGGAUUGUUUUUCAUGGAAGAAGAAAAUGGCAAUGGAGGAGUUGAAAUACCUUGUUAUUUUCUGUGUCCAAUUUCGAUGCAAUUGAUGGAGGAUCCGGUCACCGUCGCCACCGGGAUAACAUACGAUCGCCGGAACAUAGAGAAAUGGUUGUUCUCCGGCAAGCUAGCUACGUGUCCGGUCACGAAGCUACCACUCGUCUCCACAGAUGAUCUCACACCUAACCACAAUCUCCGGCGACUCAUUCAGUCAUGGUGCACUGUGAACUCCUACGAAAGGAUUUCCACGCCGAAACCGGCGGUGGACAGAUCUCGGAUCGUUGAUCUCCUCAACGAAGCGAGGGAUUCGUCCAACUCGGAGAUGAUCAGUUGCCUUCACCGAAUCCGAUCCAUCGCUUGCCGGAAUGAGAGCGGCCGACAUCAACUUCAGGCCGCCGGCGCCGUGGAGUUCCUCCUGUCCGUCGUGAGGAGAAACGAUGACGCCGUUUCCAGAGACGAAGCGCUGAAUAUUCUGGAGGAAUUCGAGAUUUCCGAUUCCGAUUUGAAGGCUGUUUUCGCAGAGAGCGAUUCGAUUUUGGAUUCGUUGAUCGAAAUUCUGCAAAGUGAAAAUCCCCAAAAUCGUGCCCUAACGAUGAAGCUAUUGAAAUCCAUAUACGACGUCGCCGACCCGACCCAUUUAAUCGGAUCCAAACCCGAAAUAUUCACCCAAACCGUACAGAUCAUCUUCGACAAAAUAUCCCCAACCGCCACAAAAUCCGCACUGAAGCUCCUGACCGAGCUCUGCCCAUGGGGGCGAAAUCGGAUUAAGGCAGUCGAAUCCAACGCCGUUUCCGCGCUAAUCGAGCUUCUUCUCGAAAGCUCCGAUCGCCGCGCCUCCGAACUCGCCCUGACAGUGCUGGACCAGCUCUGCGGCUGCGCCGAAGGCCGGGCGGAGCUACUCCGGCACGGGGCGGGGCUCGCCAUCGUCUCGAAGAAGAUCCUCAGGAUUUCGCACGCGGCGAGCGAUCGGGCGGUGAGAAUUCUGGCGUCGAUUGCCAAGUACUCGGCGAACGGUAGGGUUAUGACGGAAAUGGGGGAGGUUGGGGUGGUGGCGAAGCUGUGCCUGGUGGUACAAAUUGAGGGCGGCGGGAAGAGAAAGGAGAGGGCGAAGGAGAUAUUGCGGUUGCAUUCUAGGUUUUGGAAAGGGGCGGCGCCGCCGUGCGUGCCGCCGCAUUUGGUCUCUGCGUAUCCGUCCAGUUAAGCUUUUUGUUGUGUUAAUUAGGGCUUUCUGAUUUGGGGAAUUUUUGUUCAUCCCAUUUUUAGAAAUAUUUUAUUGUGUAUGUGUUGUGGAAAUGUUCUGCCAUAGUGCCAUUAUUUUGAAAGGCCACUGUACUUAUACGAUAUCAUUUCAUAAAAAUUCUUAUAUCUAACUUUU